CGACUUUUGUACCACUAUCGCUGCUACCCAACUCGACGCCGUCCGCGACGACGACCACGAUAAUCGGACACCGACCUCUACGAGUAAUUUGACGAUGGCGGCGUUCGCAGCGGUCGCACGGGUCGCCUACCUGGCCUCGGACGUCGUGGUGGACUCUCACCCUCCCUUGCCAUCGACCUCGGAGUUUGGCAAGACGCUCGAGACGCUGCGAUACGCGAGCGCGCACCAGGCGCAGAUCAUCUCGGUUCCGGCGGGAGGAGAUGCGGGGUCCGCGCUCGCGAGGUACUCUUCCCCCUCGACGAGUCUUUUAUCCUACACCGCGAUCGCCAGCUCGCAGACCGUUAACCGCCUGCUGGUUCACGCGCCGGAGCUGUCAGCGUCGCCCGUGGUACUGCACUUGGCCGUGAAGGACGACCUCUCGGACGUGCUGACCCUCCGCUCGUCCGUCCCCUACUUCCUUUACUCCUCGACACCUCAACAGGCGCACGACCACGCAUUGCUCGCGUGUCGGAUAGCGAAGGCGGAGAGGAGGGCAGUCGUGCAUGUGUUUGAUGUUGCGGAUCAGGCUGGAGGCGUAGACAGCUCGGAGGAGAACCGCAUACAGUCGUUCCUGGCGGAGAAAGAGGAGCAAGCCCAUGCGAACGGUUUACCGAACGGUCAUGUCCACGCCGAAGAACAAGAUCCCCUCUACAAAGCCUACGACAAGGCCGCGUCUGCGACCUCGGCCUUUCUCGGUCGCUCCUUGCACCCUCUCGGGCAACACGGCGCCUCCGGCACAGAAACAGUCGCGGUGACGUUCGGACGAGCGAACCUCGACGCAGACGGCACGUCGUUCAUCAGCGUCUCGCUGUUUAGCCCCUUCCCCUCUGCGCAUCUAAGCGCCUCCAUCCCGCAGUCCGUCAACCGCAUCGUGGUUCUCGAGCAGAUACAGCAAUGGUCAAUGAAGUGGACGCCGUUCUAUCUCGAGACCGUGAAGGUACUCCAGGAGCGGGAUCCUCGGCCCACUAUCAUCAGUGCGACAUUCGGCGACGUCAGUGUCGUCAGCUCCGAGGAGCUCUCCGCCGCACUUUCCUCCCCUUCGACAAAGCGCAUAUACCUAGGCUCGCAUCCCUCAGCGGUCAACGCUCCCGCAGUCCCGCACGUCCCAAAGCACGAGUCAUCGUACACCAAAAUUCUCCAACAAUUGUUCUCUGAUCGUCUAGAGGUUGUUAAUGACCCUUCCCUAGCCGAGACAUACGGCCCCGCCGCCACGUCUCCCGAAUUUGCCUUGGGCCGCGUGCGGUCGCAACUUCACGACGAGGCAGAGCUCAACUCCGCCAUCCAAUCUCUUCUCGAAGACUCCACGCUUCCCGAAGAUCUCCAUUCCCUCAUUAGCCGCUGGACGCUGGCCAAGGGCGACAGCACGAAACUUGCUGCGCUGUCUGCGGGCAUUGCGACCGCUCUCUCCGCGUCCGCGCUCAAGCAUCCUUCCGUUCCGCGCAUCGUCUCUCUCCUCUCCCAGACGUCCACCCCGAAGUCACGCUGGAUCAUCGGCUCGGAUGCCUGGUCGUACGACCUGGGUGCUUCGGGCUUGCACCACGCCAUCGCGUCCGGUUUGAACGUUAACAUUCUCAUCCUCGAUACGCUCCCCUACAGCGCACGCCUUAACGGCGACCCGCACAGGCGCAAGCAGGACGUGGGUCUGUAUGCGAUGAACCACGGCGACGUCUUCGUCGCCAGCGUCGCGGUGUACUCUUCGUACGCCCAGGUGCUCCAGUCUCUCAUCGAAGCAGACAGGUUCCCGGGCCCCAGCGUCGUCCUCGCUUACCUGCCCUACCAGUCCGACGACUCACCGGCGCUGGAGAUCCUCAAGGAGACGAAGCUCGCCGUCGACGCCGGCUACUGGCCACUGUACCGUUGGGACCCCUCCAGGGAGUCCAAGGGCAAGGAGCCCUUCGUCCUCGACUCGGACGCGAUCAAGAACGAGCUGCAGCAGUUCCUCGACCGGCAGAACCACCUCUCGCAGCUCACGUUGUCCAAGCCGCAGCUCGCGUCCGAGCUCGUGAGCAACCUCGGCGACAAGGUGCGCGAGGAGCGCAAGCGGCGCGCGCAGCAGGCGUUCGACGCGCUCGUUACGGCCAUCGACGCGCCGCCGCUGCUCGUGCUGUACGCGUCGGACGGCGGCAAGGCGGAGAAGGUCGCGAAGCGGCUCGCGGGGCGCGGGAAGGCGAGGGGGCUGAGCACGACGGUGGCCACGAUGGACUCGGUGUCGGUCGACGACCUGGCGAACGAAGAGUACGUCGCGUUCGUGACGUCCGUUGCGGGCCAGGGCGAGUUCCCACAGAACGGAAGGCAGCUGAUGAAGGCCCUCAACGCGGCGGCGACGCGCGGGGAGAAGCUGUUCGGCAAGCUGAAGUACUCGGUGUUCGGUAUGGGAGAUAGCCAUUACUGGCCGAGGCCGGAGGACGCGCAUUAUUAUAACAAGGCGGGCAAGGAUUUGAAUGCGCGGCUGGAGCAGUUGGGCGGAGAGCGGUUCGCGGAUAUCGGGCUUGGCGACGAUCAGGAUCCCGAUGGUCCGGAGACGGGGUACAAGGUUUGGGAACCUCUGGUGUGGAAGGCGCUGGGCGUCGACGCUAUCGAAGUCCACGAGGCGGAGCCGGAGCCGAUCACCAACGAGCACAUCAAGGCGGCUUCGGGCUAUCUCCGCGGGACGAUCGCCGAGGGUCUCGAGGACACGACGACGGGUGCGAUUUCCCCCGCCGACGGCCAGCUCACGAAGUUCCACGGUAUCUACCAGCAGGACGAUCGCGAUAUCCGCGAUGAGCGGCAGGCGCAGGGCGCGGAGCCCGCGUACUCGUUCAUGAUUCGCGUCAGGAUGCCGGGCGGGGUGUGCCAGCCGCGCCAGUGGCUCGCGAUGGACAGGAUCGCGGACGAGAGGGGGAACACGACGUUCAAGAUCACGACGAGGCAAACGUUCCAGUUCCAUGGCGUGAUCAAGCGGCACCUCAAGCCGUCCAUUCAGGCUAUCAACCGUGCGUUGUUGGACACGCUCGCUGCGUGCGGUGACGUGAACAGGAACGUUUUGUGCUCGGCUAUUCCUACCUUGUCGCGCUUACACGCGCAGGUGUACGAGUUCGCGAAGUCUGUCAGCGAGCACCUCCUACCGCGUACGACGGCCUAUCAUGAGAUUUGGCUCGACAAGAAGCUGGUCGCGGGCGAGGCACUCAAAGACGUCGAGCCGCUCUACGGUGAAUUCUACUUACCACGGAAGUUCAAAAUCGCAGUCGCCGUUCCACCGACGAACGACGUUGAUAUCUUUGCCAACGACGUGGGCUUUAUCGCGAUCGUCGACAAGGCCGGAGAUUUGGCCGGGUUUAACGUAUCCAUUGGUGGCGGGAUGGGCGUCACACAUGGCAACAAGAAAACGUAUCCUCGUUUAGCGGACGUUAUCGGGUUCUGCACGCCCGAACAGGGCAAGCAUGUAGCGGAGAAGAUCAUGCUUGUCCAGAGAGACAAUGGUAAUCGCGUAGACCGUAAGAAUGCCCGUCUAAAGUACACCAUUGACCGUAUGGGCCUCGACAACUUCAAGUCGGCAGUCGAGAAGCUGCUUGGGUACCAGCUUCAACCCGCGCGUCCCUACAUGUUCGACAGGAACGUGGACGACUAUGGAUGGCAUGUCGGCGAGGACGGAAAGCACCACGUCACGCUCUUUAUCGAGAAUGGCCGCGUGCAGGAUGAGCCCGGGCGCAACUUCAAGACCGGCUUGAGGGAGAUCGCGAAGAUCCACAAGGGGACGUUCAGGCUGACAGCCAACCAGCACGUCAUGAUCUCCGAGAUCGCCCCUGAGGAUGUACCGGAGAUUAAGAGGUUGCUGAGAGAGUACAAGCUGGACGACCUGUCGCACACUGGCUUGAGGCUUUCUUCCUCUGCUUGUGUCGCUUUCCCGACGUGUGGCCUUGCCAUGGCAGAAUCAGAGCGGUAUCUUCCUCUCCUCAUCGACAAGGUCGAAAAAAUAUGCGAAGAGAAUGGUCUGCGCAACGACUCGAUUGUAAUGCGCAUGACUGGUUGCCCGAAUGGAUGCGCGAGACCUUACGUAGCAGAGGUGGCAUUUGUGGGCAAGGCGCCAGGGACGUAUCUCAUGCUGCUGGGUGGCGGCUACUACGGUCAGCGCCUCAACAAAAUCUAUCGAGAGUCCGUGUCGGAGCCGGAGAUCCUCGCUAUCCUCCGACCCAUGAUCAAGCGUUACGCGCUCGAGCGGUCAGAAGGCGAGCGAUUUGGCGAUUUCGUCAUUCGCGCGGGCUACAUCGCACCUACCACGGAAGGCAAGGCGUGGUACGACCGUAUGGGAGGCGAAGGCGAACACCGCGAAGUGUCUGCAUAAGGGAAACAUGAAGCUAUCUGAUCUUGAGGCCAUGUCAUCAUGUGUAACAUAUCUCCACAUUCACUCUAUGCACGCUAGUUUUCCGGGUAUUUGCCGAAUCUGCGGGCAUUGACGAUCUGCGACGAGGUGUUCUGCUCCUAACUUGAAAUAUAGGAGGGAAUGCGCAAGGAGAGGAAUCGAGUUCCGGGGGAGUACUCCCACUUAUGCCGAAGUAUCCAUUCACUGACUGGCGUGUAGGCCUAUGACUGUGUCGAAUCAGAGCAUUACCCCAGGGAUCGUUUCGCGAAUGUUACUCGUGACCAUUAACCAGACCCGGUCAUCGUCGAAAUCCGCCGGUGAUGCCAUGUAUACCGAGGAAGUGUUCAACCAGGCUCAAGAUCACGAAUGAUAUGUAAUUUCAUUAUAAUUGGAUACAGAUCAAAUCAGAUGUCGCUUGAAGAAAGAG